AUGAGCGACUACUCCUCCCAGGCUGGCACCUCGACCAACAUGGUCGCCGCCACCCCACCUUCUACCACAGCCGCCAUCUUGGGCGCCAGCUCCAACGGUUGGUCGCCCCUGCGCACCUCCAAACAUCGCCCCACAUCCACCGUCUCCUACUCACAGCCAUCACCCGAGCACCACGAUCACGAAGAACAUCCGUCGCUGCACAGCCCCAAGAAGCAGACGCAGAACUUCAAGUCGCUCCGCAACCACGGCCUCGUCUCCAACAGCAUCUUUAAGCAGAUCGACGGUGGCAGCCCCCUCACCAGCUCGCCCGUCGCAUCCGCCGCUCGCACUCAGCUCCCCUCGCCCUCGGUUGGGCUCGGCAUUGGCGUCUCGGCAUCGACUUCCAAGCCCACCCACUCUCCAUCUAGAAAGUCCGACGAUGCAGAGAACAACAACCCCUUCAGCCUGUCGCCCACCAUGCCCGUCAAGGGCGCACAGCGCAAGAUCCCAAGAAAGAGCCUCGGCCGCCUCCACGAGUCCAACUACGUCAGCAACUCGGUCUUCCGCCAGCACCCCGCUCCCGCCGAUGAGCUUGCUUCGCCUCGAUCGCCACCCGCCGCCUCGCGUGGUCUUGCUUCAGCUUCGCCAUCCACAUCGGCAGCCACAAAGGGUCUGCUCACGUCCAACCGCCUCCACGGCCCACGCUUCAUGCACGACUCGCCACAGAGCUCCUCCGCCGACCAGGCCACUCGCGCCGACAUCUCAGCCACCACGCGCAGGGAACGCCGAAAGACCGUCACCUUCGACGAGAUCCUCGACGUGCAGGAGUUCGACAAAGAGAGCAGCUUCGAUACCGAAAGCCUGCGGGAUGCCGACGAGCCCCACACUGCAACUGACGCCGAGGACGCCGACUUUUGGACCAGCGAUCCGGCAUCCGCUUCCGCCCCGGGGCCACUCCAGGUGGUCAACGGUGGCGAUGCGCAUGGCCUCUCGGAUGACGCUAGCGAGCCAGAUCUCUCCCACGACAGUCAUGAGACCUCCUCAGUUGAAGGACCGCCCAGCCCAUCGCCCGGAGACUCGAGUCUGCAGCUGCAAGACCUCCCGGUUGACGAAGCCAUGGCUGGUCGCGAGAUCUGCCAGGAAGAUCCCGUCUUCUCCCCGGAGCGCGAAAACAGCUUUGCUCGUCUCUCCGCCGCCGACCGCGUAGACAGCAUGAUGGACGAACUCCUCCGCGACGACAUCCUCAGCAGCCCCAGCAUGCGUGCGCGCCAAGCCCUCCCCGGCCCUCUCACUGCUCAAGCUCAGCAGAGUGAGCCCGAAGCUCGUCUCGAUGCAGGCGCUCUGCCCCAGCUUCCAGCCUGGAGUCCGAUCAGCUUUGAAGCCGACGACCACACCUCGCUCUUCAACGACCUCAACCGAAGUCGAACACAGCCCGAGAUCGCUCCUUCGCCCAUCACCGCUCAGCCGCCUGCCAGCCGUGACGCUCCGCGCAUGCGACCCCACAUCUCGCGCGAUGCCAUCCUUCAGCGCGUCGCCAUGCAGAAGCUCAACCGAGACCAGGCACAGGCACAGGAUGCUCCGCUCGACGAGCAAGCGGACGAGCAAGCAGUGCAAGCCGCUACGGCUGACGCCAAGCUGACGAGGCCCAACGCUUCCCAGCAGAAGCGCAUGCCGCGUGGCAGCGAACCGGGACCAUCUGCAACCUCGAGUUUCGCCGCAGAGCCCGUGCAAGCCAAGCCGAUGGCCGCAUCGCGACCCAGUGCGCCACCUCGCCCGCUCAUGGUCGAGCCCGUCGCGACCGAAGUCAAGCCCGCACCCGCUCCGAGCCCCGUCUUGCCACUCGAUCAGCGUUCGAGUCCGCUUGACCUGCUGGGCUCAGAGCUCAAGGAGACCGUCGAGCUCGCUGGCGAGCCCACGAUCCCCACCGACGCCAACGCCGCAGCCCCUCAACUUGGCCAUAUCGAUGCCGGUUCGGCUGAUCGAGUGUUUGCCGACUUUGCGGAGCCGUCCGCACCACAAAACGAGCAAGCAGCCGCUGCACCCACGCAUCUCACUCCCGCGCAGCAGGCUGAGCAGAUCAUCGCUCGUCGCCGCAGCAAGAACGGCAAGGCCCGUCGAAAGCGCAGCAUGAGCACGGGCGACGCACGCGCCGUCUUCACCGCCGCCUCUGCCAGCGAGCCGAGCGACGAAGACUCGGGCAGCACCUCGCUUGUCUCCGAGACCAUCAGCGAGUCGCCCGAAGAGCAGCUCGAGCUUCCGACGCGCCAGAGCAUCAGUGCCGAUCUCGCCAAGAGCAAGGCCAUGCUCGACGUGAGCCUGCAGCGCGCCAUCGACGGAGGCUUCCAGGUCAAUAUGGAAAAGGAGCUCACGCGCAUCUAUCAGAAGGGCGAGUCGAACUACAACGUCAACGACCGCGGAGCCUUCCAAGGCAUCGACGACAAGGUGACGCACUCGACCGCCGCAGGCGACGUCGACAGCGGCAAGGCGUGGAAGAAGCUGCGCAGGCCGAGCGACAUCAACGACUACAAGAAGGAGAUGCGCGAGCUGCGCGAGGCGUCCAACACGCGCAAGGCUUCGGGCAAGGUGUUUGUCAUGGUCGACUCGUUCACGCCCACGGAUCUGCCUGUGCCGUCGCGCCCUACGUCGUUCCACUGCAUCUUGGACAAUGGUCUGCACAUGGUCAAGACGGCUUCCGUGCCGCUGCGACCGGGACGUGUUACGAGCAACAUUGGACAGGAGUUCGAGCUGAUCCAGCAUAAGAACCUCGAGUUCAGCUUGACGUUGGUUGUGCAGCGCGAUGCGCACCUAAUGGAGCCGCAGCGUCCCUCAUCGCCCACAAGACGCGAGCAUGGCAGCCCAACGCUCAAGGGGCUCAGCCGAUUCUUCACCAGCCCCAAGAAGCAGGCGGCCAAGCGCGAGCAGCAGGAACGCGAGGCAGCCGCCGAGAUGGCAGCGCAGGCGGCACGUGCCGAGCCCAUGCUCGCCUAUAUCAAUCGCGAAGGCGCCUUUGGCCGCACGGGCGUCAUCUUUGAGCGCGUUGCCAGCCAGUGCUACGCGCGAUGCAUGGUGCUCGAUCUUCCCGUGCACGGCGUCUCGAACCCCACGGGCAGCAUCUCGGGUCCGUCGAGCAUUGCGUCGCGCACACACGUGUCGAUGCUCUCGCAAGACUUCCGCCAGAACCUCAACAAGGUGCGCGGUACGUUGCGCCUCAAGCUCUUCUACUUGCCCCCUCUGCCGAAUAUCCCUCGCGAUGGUCUGCCCGAGAAUCUGGGCGAGUGCAUCCGGGGCAUUCAGCAUGCCGCCUGGCACCGUGCCGACCCCUGGCAGGCAGGCACACUGACGCAGCUCGGCGGCGACUGUGUGAGCUGGCGCCGACGUCCCGUGCAGGCGCAGGGUCAGUAUCUGAUCUGCUUCAACGCGGUCACCAAGAAGCCCACGGUCAAGAUCGACCUGUCCAAGGCGGUGUGUAUCGAGGAGCUUGGCAACCACGUCAAUGGAGGCUCGAUGAUCUUCCCGUCGGCAGGCAGCCAGGCGCUGGGAAGGUCGAGGACCAUGGCAUCGUAUGCUACGAGUGCCACGCUGGCCGAAGAAGAGGAUUCGGAUGCCAACUACCACGUGGACCGCUCCUUCCGCAUCACCUUUGCGGACGGCGAGCGCAUCACCUUCUUUGCCGACACCGAGGCGCAGAAGACGCAGUGGGUCAAGGUGAUUUCCGACGUGAUUGGCAACGAGGUGCCGCCCAACCCGCUGUGGGCGCAGGUGCUGCUGGAGGGCAUUGGUGCCAAGGCCGCGCAGCCUGAGCGUGCGAUCAAGACCAGCCAGGCGUUCCCUUCGCGCAAGCCCGUGCCUACCGUUGAGGAAGAGCCGUCUACUCCGACGCAGCCCUUGAGGCACGAGGCUGAUGCUGUGGCAAAGUCGGAGGCUCGUGAAGACCGCGCCAGUCGCAUCUCGACCAACACUCCACAGGGCGCCACUCCCUCGCGAUUGCCGAUCCGAGCAGCGCAUCCCGUGGCAGCAUCGGCGCCGACGUCCGAACGGGGCUCGAUGCGAGGAUCGCCGUUGCCGCAGCGCCCCGCAUCCAUGAUCCGAACUCCCGUCCACGACCCCUCGAACCGCGCCGCAUUUGACCGCCUCAAGCGCGCCGGCCAUCUUCGCGCCCAGACCGAAGACCUCACGCCGCAGCGACGACGCUGA